CCUCAGGCCGCGGGGAGCUGGAGAGUCGCGGAGCAGGCGGUCGUGCGUGAUGACGUACAUGGUCGCGAAGACGUGUGGACGCAGGCGGGCCGUAGAGAGCGUUCAGCUGCCUCUGUAUCUUCCCAGAUUCCUCACAUCUGACCACAUUUUCCCAUCACUGGCCUGAUACCUAACCAUGCAGCGGAGAUCAAGAGGAAUUAAUAUUGGGCUGCUUCUGCUCCUUUCUCAGAUCUUCCACGUUGGGAUCAACAGUAUUCCACCUGUCACCCUAGCAACUUUGGCUCUCAACAUCUGGUUCUUCUUGAGUCCUCUGAAGCCGCUGCUCAGCUCUUGCCUUAGUGUGGAGACGUGUUACCAGCAAAAAGACUGGCAGCGCUUACUGCUUUCCCCUCUGCACCACGUGGAUGAUUGGCACUUGUAUUUCAAUAUGGCCUCCAUGCUAUGGAAAGGAAUUCACCUGGAACGAAGACUAGGAAGUAGAUGGUUUGCCUACGUCAUCAGCACAUUCUCCCUACUCACUGGGGUGGUGUACCUGUUCUUGGAAUUUGCUAUGGCAGAAUUUACAGAUGAACCUGACUUCAGAAGGAACUGUGCUGUAGGUUUCUCAGGAGUUUUGUUUGCUUUGAAAGUUCUUAACAACCAUUAUUGCCCUGGAGGCUUUGUCAGCGUUUUGGGCUUUCUGGUACCCAACAAAUUUGCUUGUUGGGCAGAACUUCUGGCUAUUCAUUUCAUCACGCCAGGGACUUCCUUCGCCGGGCAUCUGGCCGGGAUCCUUGUUGGACUAAUGUACACUUGCGGGCCUCUGAAGAAGAUCAUGGAAACGUGUGCAGGUGUUUUUUCCUCCAAUAUUGAUUACCCAGGACAGCAGUACUACUUUAAUAGUUCAGGCCACUCUGGAUACCAGGAUUAUUACCCACAUGGCAGGCCAGGCUACUACGAGGAAGUACCCAGGAACUAUGACGCAUAUACAGCGGGACUGAAUGAAGAGGAGCAGCUGGAGAGAGCCUUAAGAGCCAGCCUCUGGGACCAAGGAAAUCGCAGAAAUAGCCCCCCAGCCUAUGGGUUCCUUCUCUCACCAGAAGAAGAAAUGAGGAGAAAGCGGCUUCAGAGAUUCGAUGGCCAGCGAGGUGACCCAGCCAUGUGAACAAAUGUGGUCCAGCUGUGUUAUCACUGUCCCCAAGCCCCACUUAGUUUUCAACAAAGGCAGAGGGUACCAUGACCAUCCCACUUACUCACGUCUGCUGUGGCCCGUCGUCCUGUAGCGGCUGUGAGUCUCAUUGGCAAGCAGAUUGACAUCUUGAGACCAGGCUUGUAGGACGCAGCUCACAGCCUUCUGGGGGUGGCCCUCCUCCUCGCCUUGUUCUCUCACAGACAGAAGGUCGGCGUCUCCACCUAGGGACCAGUUUCCACACUCAUUUCUCUCACUGCUGACUCAGCCUUGUUUUGUCUUUGAAGACCAUGACCUUUGUCAGGAGGCUUGUGUUCACCAGCCCAGAAAAUCAGGCCCUCAUUCUGCUCAGGGCUUGACUUGGCUGGAAGCGGGGAGCCAUCCCUCAUCCUCCUGGCAUGUUGCCAUGGUGACUUUCCAGGCACAGGAUGUGGCUACUGUCACAGGAUGUUGUCCUGGUCUUCCUUGCCCAGAUACCUGGGCUACUCGGGCCCUCACGUCUGGGUGUUGUUUACAGUGAACCUGCCUUGCUCUGAUAGCAUUGCCUUCACAGGCCGUGUGACUGGAAAAGCUUAAGACAGACCUCAGAUGGCAAACCGCCUGCACACUGCGUGACACAGCAGGUGGCAUCAGCAGUUGGGCUCCCAGCAGCCCUUCCGGUGGCGAUGUACAGUCCCGGAGGUGCAAGCUGCACUGAACUAACCAGCAAAGCAGCAGCAGGUGCCUCGUGUGGAGCAGUGACCAGGGGGGUGGUCACUGAGAAAUCCCUCACGAGGAAGUAUUUUUUUCACAUAAAAGUGCCUUUUAAUCGACCACAAUAACAGCCACUUGUCCUACUCACCCGUCCAAGACACUCCCCCGAACCCCCAGACUCCAAGUCACUUAAGGUGUUUCCUGGUGCUUGUGUUUCACGAAUAAAAGGAAAAAGUCAGGUAUCACUGAUGUCUUAUUUCACUGAGAUACUGAUGUUUAAAGAGAGAAGCAGAAAAGGAUCUUCCUAUUUUGCUUUAUCUACCAUUUAUAUAGUUUUCUGACUAUGAAAGUAAUAUAUAUACCUUGUAUAUGCAUAAAGCAAACCUCUGGCAGGAAAUGUACCCACAUGUGAACAGAGGUUAUUUUGGGAGGUGGAGUACAUAAGAUUUUGCUUUGUGUUUUUUACGAUUUUAUAUUGCUGUCUUUUAAAAAUGUGUGCAUGUAUAUGUGUGUGUACUACUUUUACAGUAAGAAAACUGAUUAAUAAUAAAUCAAGAAAUAUAUAAUCAGGAAAAUAGACUUAAUAAUAAGUAUUGUGUCUCUGUCGAUAAAAAUGCAAUGUGAACAGAAAUGCAAAAAAAUACGUGUACAAUUUAAAAAUCACCUGUAUCCCCACCACUCAGAGGUACCCAGGGUUAAUAUUUUGGUGAUAUUGCUCUCUGUCUUUGUACAAGUUUGACAAAUUUGGAUCAUGCAGACUAUAUGGUUUUGUAUCUGGUUCCUAAUCUGAAUUGACCCGGGAGAGGCUUUGCCACUGGCAUAUGAAUGAGCUAAGAAAACCACCUGAGACCUGGGAGUCCUUUACCCUGCCAGUGAUGAUACCUGAGCUUUUCCGGUUAAUUUAUGAUUGCUAUAAAGCCACAUACAGCAUAUUUAUAGUAUGAGUUAUAUCUCUGCAUCUCGUAGCUGCAAACAUUUAAAAAUGUAAAUGUUCAAGCUAAACGUCAUUUCUCUUUUCUCCCAAACUCUUGGAAUUUGUCUCCCAUGACCUCUGUUGGGAGUAACCUCAUUCUUACACGCCGUCUUCUCAUAGCACAUUGUAAAGGUAAUUCUGUUAUAACACUUAUAUCUUGUCCUAUGAUUAUUUGUGCACAGCUGUAGAAAUGUGCCUUCUGCAUGGGAGCACGGAUUAUGAAUGGCUCUGGGAUGAUGUCUGGUUAAUGCUACACUUUCCCCCUCCCCCACACCCAAAGGCUGGCCCCUGGCUUCCAGUAGGGGCUUAUUAACUGUUAGUUUCUCCCCAAAGUGUUUUUUCAGUGCAUUACAAGUCCAACCACUGUAUAUGGAAGUGUAUUUUUUUUUUAUUGCUGUUGAAUCCAAUAAUAGUAGCUCCUUGCUCUAUUUCACUUGUCAGAUAUAAAGACAUUGGAACUGGAUUUUGGAUGGUGUAACUGUAAUAUGCACGACGCCGUCUUCAUUUAUGGAGUGGAACAUCACUAAACUUUAUAGAUGUGGGAAAGGUCAUUUUAGUUAUAAAUAUAAACCAGUUAUCUUAGCACAACAAUAAAGAUGUUUUGGAAAUUAUUAUAAUUACUUUGUUCAGUUAAUAGACUUGCUUGUAACCAGUGCUUAUUAUUUUCAAUAUCCAUCUUAUUUUUUUUUCCUACGAGAAAGAAUCUCCAAAGUUGUGCCAAAAAACUGAAAUUGAGUUGAGAAAGACAAAAGCCAGUGUAUUCGACUAAUUAUCUCUAAUAGGGAAUAAACAUUUAGAACUGGUUUUAAAUUUGGUUUCUUUGCUUUAAUAGUAGUUUCCUGAUUUUGUUAAACAUUCCCACACUUUGGUUGUGGUCAAUCAACUUAUAAGACGUCUUAAUUCAGAAUCUUUCCAUGGUUCUCAAGACGAGGGAGCAGUUAAAAUCACUUCCUCUUCAUGAACUUGAGCAUAUUUAUUGCCUGUGAUUCCAAAGUUGUAAUUGUUCAAGGCACCUCCAUCCUUUUAAGUUGUCUGUUGUUGAGGCCCAGACAGUAAGUGGCUGGUUUUUGUAGGAUCGGGGCCAAUCUACAUGUUCAUCACACAUUCUGCUGCUUGGGGAGUAAGUUAAAGGGCUGAGACCCACCACCAAACAAGGAUAGUCGAACAGAGAGGGCAUGGCAGACGUGGCCACCUCCUUCCCGGUCCUAGUUCAUCUUGAGGGAUUCGGUAAAGAAUUAUAUUCAAUUAGUCAUUAAAAACAAAAACAAAACAAACCUAUCACCUCUUCCUUUCCCUUCCCAUGGAUUAUUGCUGCCAUUUCCUUUUUUUUGCCCCUAUUCUUUCAUUUGAAAAUCACAGAUUCCCUGCUCAGAAGGACCUUAAAAUCUCUCAGUUCAUUGCUCCGCUCAAUACUUAAAAUACCUCUUCACUCAGUUCUACACAGAGCUGCCAGUUAAUCUUCCAAAACCUACUUUUGUGAUGCCACUCCCCAUCUCAGUACCUUUUAUCGUCUCUCUGUUGCCAAAGGGUACAGGUCAAACUCAUUCACCUCAACCAUGGGGCUCCAACCAGCCUUUCAACCUCAUCCCCACUUAUCCGUAACAGCGUCUCGCCAUCCGAACUGUGAGCUUUCCUGACCCUGAGACUAAAUGAAACAGCCUUUUCCUCUUUCUCAGCUCCUCCUGAUCCCCCCUGUCCUGCCUCAGGAAGCCACAACCCAGGAAGAUCUGCUCUUAUAAUAGAGUGUUCAUCACAGUUUACACAGGCCGCUUAGAAUUGCUAGUUAUCCUGCAGUGAGAGGAUGUCUUUCUCUCUAGAUUGUAUGCUUCACAAGGGCAGGGACCCUGACUGUGUUUCUUCAACGUACCUGAAACAGUGCUUUGU